AUGUUCACUGUAAAAGCCAUUAUAAUUUUACGUUUUAAAAAUAGCCCAAAAAGUAUAUUGAUCUUCUUUACGUGAUCUCCAUAUUUUAUAUUGUAUCAAUAUUUUAUCAGCACACGCUGAUGCAAGCUGAAGUUACAAAAAAGACUAUUGCUUCAUUCUGUCUGAAGCUAUUCAGUGUCUAUCAGGGGAGUAUGCGGCAAGCGUUCAAGUGGGUCGAUCAUAAUUGAUCUGCGGAUAUGUUAGUCCGCAAAUCAACUUGCUAUGAAUGCGCCUAAUAAAUACAUGUACACACGUGUGGCUUUUACAUAAGUUUAACUCUGUGUUUUUUUUAGAUCUUGUGACUGGGGAGGAAUGCUAUAGCUGUUCAUCCUAUACAGUGAAGUUUGAUACGGAUAACAUACUGGGAAGCAUCGUAAGCACCCCAAUUAAUAAUGCCCUGGCGAAACUUCCCACAGACGAAGAUUGUGAGGCAAGCCGAAUCGCCAGUCUUGGCACGACAUCUUGUAAUGGAGGAUGUGAGAAGGCUAAUGUGACGAUGCAUUUCAAUGUUCAGUUUUUGGGCGAACACAGAGUUUCGGUAAGAACAGUGUCACGUGGUUGCGCAAAUGACGCCAGUGUCGGAAGUUCAGUUUUAAUCAGUGACAACGGCUGCCGCAAGCCGGCGGGUAAAGAUGACUUGUUUCCAGGGGCAGAUGCAGUCUUCAAAAUCUUAGAGUCCGUUGGGGCGCCUACCUUGGAUCGCCAGACUGGAGAAGAAUGUGUGUGUCGUGGAAACCUCUGCAACAGUUCGACGUCAUUGUUUGCCUGUGGAAUAUUACUGGCAAGCUGUCUUUUCUUGACUGCAGCUUUGAAGAGCGUCCUCUAGUGACAGCGUUUAUCAAGUGACUUCGUGCAGUGUGUUUUUGCAAAUAGCCUAAAUGGACAUGCGAUUUAAUUCCCACGUAGACGUUGCAUAAUGAGAGCAUAAUGCUUGAACUUUAUUAACAUUUUUGGUUUUUGUGAGUGUGAGAUUGAGAUGUCCUUUCCAUGUUGGGAGGAGGAUUGUGGACAAAGUGAAAUGGCCGACUCCCUUCAUUUCUUGUAGAGUGUGUGUGUGUGUGUGUGUGUGUGUGAGAGAGAGAGAGAGAGAGAGAGAGAGAGACGCUAUCAGUAUUAGUCGGUAUUUUUUGUGGUGAACUCUUAAGUGACUGCUGGACAGUCGAGAGUUUGCCACAUGGAGCCUAGACCCUAUUCCCAUUGAUAACAUUGGUCUAAGCUCCAUGACAUUCAGUUAAGCUGAUUGCUCUAGCGAGAAUCCCCGCAGUUGAGUCGAUCCAGGUAGACCGAUGAUGUCUAUGGGAAUGGGAUCUUAACCUUAGCCAUAUUGUAUUCAAAAUAUUUUCUGUUUACCACCGGGUCUGUGAAAUCCAUUUGAAACCUGGUCACCAUACCUUGCCUUUUUGUCAAGGAAUUCAUUCAACUCACUUUCAUCCGUUUGUGUUAAUCAUACUCUGUAAGAUGUAACGCACUUUUUUUAAUUCAAAUAGAGAUAUUGUAUAUGGUAAAAUACUCAGUUACAUUAAUUCAGGUGACAUUUUGUUGGAUUAUUCUUCAUAUAUGGUUGAUUUUCAAAUUAAAUAAAAAAUAUAUAAAUUAUA